AUGUAUUACAGCACACUGGGAUUGCUUUGUAGACCUCGUAAAGUCGAUGAUAUAGACAACUUUGACCCCCGGAUGGAAGAAGAGCACUUGAAUCAUUGUCGUUAUCUCCUCGAAGAUGAUAGAUUUGCACGUCGAGGAUACCUCUGUACAGGUGGACGCUUGGAGAGUGAAGCCAUCGGCGAAGUCAUCCAUCAUGUGUUUUGCAAAAGUGGUAUGGUCAAAUUGGAAAAACAUGCGCUGGUACCCAAACCGCUUAUUGCUUUGGCCUAUGUUUUGAUGCGUCAUUGUUUCGAAUCCAUCCUCAAUCCGGAACAUGGAGAUCACAGAGAGAUGUUUAAGCAAGAGAACUAUUCCAUGUGGCUCUAUCGCGAUACUGUACCAGAUGGCUUUCGUGAAUUCAUCCAGGAUAUUGAUUGGGACGACGUAGAAAACGUGCAAGUGGGAGUCGUUAAUCAACCGCCUGUGGAAUUUAGAGGAGUCUACUCUUACAUUCAGGAGGCUAAAGAAGCCAUAUGGUCAUCAUAUCCAGAUUACGAGGAAAAGUCAUAG